AUGGCUGAGACAACAAUGACAUCAAAAUCACUUGAGGUCCGAUUGAGUGACAUUUGGAUCAGUUGUCAGAAAGAGAUGUUAGAAAUGAGAGACAAAAUCAAAACAUUGAGUGAAUGUGUGAAGACAUCGGAUCUAAUUGUUGAAGAGAUUACCAAAAUGAACGAAACUCUUGUAAAAAUAGUUGAAGACAAUCGUGUCAAUGGAUCCAAGAGUACAAACAUUCACAGAUUGUAUUCAGAGUUUGCAGAACAGGAGGAAUGCGUUGACCGACAAAAAGACAAUUUACGCGCUCUUAAGAUGUGUUUGAAUGCAAACAAUGGACACAAUGUUAUGGAUUUGAUCCACAGUUGGAGACGAGUGACCGAAACGCGGGACCAAUUCAUUCAAACUGAUGUCGCGAUUGUAAACAGUGUAGUCUUACUGAAGAGUAAACCAAUUGAUGAGACAAUUAGUGACACCAUUGCUGUUAAAUGCGACGACAAUACCAUAGACAUCAACCUCUCUGACGAUGACUAUCAACCGGUGGACGAAGACAUGGAGACAAUGGACGCCCGAAGUGAUGCCGUAAGUGAUUGUGGAAGUGUUCACCUAAAAGAUGGAGUAAACCUCAAGAACGAUAACAAUGAUAAUGACUUCAAAGUGAAACCUAAGCGUAAACUCCGGAAGAGGUCUAACAAGAAGUCUGGUAAGAAGUCCAAGAAAUCUCAGAUUAAGAGCACAUCCAAGUCCUCUAAUGUAAAGGAGAAACAAACGAAUCAAUCAAUACGUCCGCAACUGAAGAAGAAUGACUAUUAUCUGUGCGAUGAAAUCGGCUGUACAUUCAGUACAACGGAUUGGAUUAGAUGUUAUAAACAUAAGAAAAGACACUCAACGCCGGGAAUGACUCCCGAAUUGUUCCAGAGUUUAGAGGUUAUGGACGACGCGGUGAUGCCUUUCUUUGACCGCAGGACCAAAACCUAUUGCUGCGAUCGACCCGACUGUAGCUUUAAGGCCAAACGUAGGGACCAUUUUUAUCGACAUCUGGAGGGAAAUGAGAGAACGUGUCCCGUUGUCUGCGAAGAACCCCAAGUGAUACCCGAUUUGAUGGAACCAACCAUUCCGGAGCCAACAGAGAAUGACCAAAACGAGACUAUCACUCCUGAUCUCACAGUAGACACACCCGUAGCAGAGGUUUCAGUCAAGACCCUCGAGAGACAGCGUAGAGACGACCGGAUCGGUAAAUACUUAGUGGACGGCCUAUACGUGUGCGAUGAGAACGACUGCAACUUCACGGCAACGGCACGGCAUAAGCAAAAAUUUUACAAACAUUGGGCUCAACACAAUCCCGUGAAAGGGCGCCGAUUUCGCUGUCGCUUCGACCUGUCUCUGGAGCGACCGUUUGUGUGCGAUUGGCCCGAAUGCGGGUUCGCCUUCAAGCAGUAUAAUCACCUCAACCUCCAUAAGGACCGGCAUUUGGGUAUCAAACGGUUCGCGUGCACGUGGGAAGGGUGUGACUACCGGUGCGACAACAACCGGUAUCUGUUAGAGCACAGGCGCACCCACACUAAGGAGAAGCCCCUGUCGUGUUCGUGGCCCGGCUGUGAGUACAGCGCCAAUAGCCAGAGGGGUUUGAUGUCUCACAUGCGCACACAUACCGGCGAAAAGCCGUAUGAGUGUCCGUUUCCCGAAUGCACUUUCCGCGCCUCUCAGUCCUUCGCUUUGGUCGUACAUAAGCGCAAACAUACGGGAGAAAAGCCAUACGUUUGCGCCGAAGGUUGUGGUAAACAAUUCUCAUCGAACUCUGGCCUCUAUAGUCACCGCAAGGGUUGUAACGAUUAUGCCGUAUAUCUCGUAAAGAAAGGACGCAAAGCGUAA